AAGAAACGAAGAAAGCUAAUAAGUCGAUAGAAAACUGACAAAUAUUCGUAGUUUUGUUUUAGCUUGUGUUCAAGUAGGCACUGAAAAUUGUCUCACUAUUUUAUUUAAACAAAAAUAUAUAUACAUAACAUUAAUAUCAUUUAUUAAAAUGUCUUUUACUGAAAUACAUCGAGUAACUCCGAAAGCUAAGCUUUAUUCCGGUUGUGGGGAUGGAGCGGGACUGCGUCUUGCUUCUUCUGUAUCUACCGAUAAUAAUAAAAAGAGAAUUCCGAUACCUUCGUGUCGUCGUUUUGCGACACGGCCCGUCACAGAAGAAAGCGACGUAAGAAAAAAGUUGGAACGAGCUAUAAUCGAAUUUGAGACUCCUACAAAGCAAAAAAAACCUAGACGAAAAAGUAUGACUAUGGCAGAAAUAACACCUACCAAAAGGAAACCUAAGUCAAAAGUUAACGAAGGAUUUAUAACUGACGUUGAAACUACAGUUACAGAGGAAAGAAUGGCGUCUCGACGGUCACGAAUAGACGCCGGUCGUCGCGUGUACAAAUUUCUGUUACUGAAUGCGUGGCGUCGGUGUCGAACUGAAGUCGCGACACUCGGUGAAUCAUUGAAACAAGUUAAAGCACAGAACAGUCAAUUACAAAUGCAAGCAGAUGUCCUACAAAAAUUAAGAGAAAGCGAAUGUAAGAGAAGAGACCAAGCCGUUACAGAAAAUGGUGCCCUUAAAGAAGAAAUACUUGCAUUAAUGAAAACCAACAAUUUGUUGUUAGAGGAUAAGAAAUGCUUGGAUGAAAGGAUUUGUAGGUCCGAAGAGGAGAAGAUGUCUUUAAAAGCUGACAUAUUAAAUGUACAAAGUAAUCUUUUAAAUCUAAAAGCGGAAAUGAAAUGUAUGGAGGAAACUCUCCAGAAUGAAAGAUUCAAGAUUACCUCUUUAAAAGAAGAAUUACAUGUAUUGAGGGAAAAGAUCGCACUUUCCGAAAAGGAUGCGUCCGUUAACCAAGAAAUAACAAAAAAACUGAAGGAAGCGAUUGUUAUAUUGGAAAAUAAGCUGCUGGAGGAAAGACAAUGCGCGAUUAAGCAGGAUGCGAUUCUUGCAACUCUAAAGAGACAAUGUAUACAAGAUAAAGAAGAAAACGAAAAAUUACAUGACACAAUUGAAAUUUUAUUAUCGGAAAAAAUAGAAUUAGAAAACGAGGUGGAGAAGAACGCUGAAAAAUUUAACGAAUUCGAGGAAGAUAAAGAUAAACUCGAAGAUCAAAUACAAAUAUUGAUGAUGCAGAUAGAAACACUGAAAGUCUCUCUUCGUAAUGAAAGAAACAAGCCUUGGUGGAUAACUACUCGAGAUAUGUUUAGGUAUCCAUUUGCACUGCUUAAAAUUGCGGCUGUUACAAUGCUUCCAGCUUUACCGCAAUUACCAAACGACGACUCUGAAAACAAUUCUCGAAUGGAAUGAAAUGUCCUGUUAAUACCUUUAUGUGCCCCCUUCCCUUUUAUAACCCUUAUACAUAUGUAUUUUAAUGUUUAAGUUACAUACUUAAAAGAAUGUUUGUAAAAAAAGUGAUAUUAUAAUACGAAUUAUUACUAAUAUGUAUUUAAACAAAUCUGUAGAUUAAAUACA